AAGAAGAGGAGAGAGAAAGAGAUUGAAUGGCGGGAAAACGAAAAAGGGUGACUUUAGAGAGGGAAAACCAGAAGCUCCUGUUACUCUAUUCAUUCAACCACUACACUUUCUUUUGAUUCCAGAAAAAAUUUCAAGGGAAAUAAUAAAUAAAAUAGAAAGAACAAAGGAUCAGAGAGAAAAACAUGGCGAAAAUAGAAACCCUAGGCAUACUCGAAGAGAUCGAAGCUCUUGUUUCUGAUAAACUUCAAGUGGUUUCAUACAAGUGGUUGAGUCGCAAUUUUUUGGUGUCAUCAAAUGUUGCAAAAAGGUUGCUUCAAGAGUUUGUAGAGCAGCAUAAAAGUGGUUUGGAAGUUGUAUAUACUCUGUCUGGCUGGUUGAAGAAUGAUCCUCAAGGUUACCAUAUCAGGCUUGUUUCUGGGACCAAACUUGAAGACUCUAAACAAGACUUUGAUGGCAAUUGUUCAAUUCAUGUCUAUAGUGUGCAAGCUGCAAUUCCAAAGGACGCUGCUGCACUUUGGAAUGAUGAAUUUGUACAAGCAGAAGAGCUUUUCAGGCAGCCUUUUGCAGCUGAUAAUUGCUUGAGAGAUAACAGGUUUUGUGGGGUUCGGAACCCCUUUGUUAAGCGCAAUGUUGAUGGAACUCCUGUAAGCAACGCAGCGGCACAGAACCAAAGCAUGGGAAUCUCAGGGCCAUCCAAAAGUAAUCUUUCCAGUGAAAAUAAUAUGGUUCUACUUGCUCACCAAAUUAAAGUUGAGCAAUCAGGCCCAAAGGUUGGCCCGCAAUCUUCCAAUUUGGUAAAAGAUGUUAAAAUUGAAAGUCUUGGGAGGGGAGUUCAUAAUCAGUCCUCCAAGCCCCAUUCAGACAGAGAAAAAGCCCAUCCCAAUCCUUCUAGUGGAAAGAAUGGCCAGAGUGAUAAAAAUUCCAAUGAAAAUGGAGGUUCCUUGGCAUCCUUGUGGGGUCGUGCAUCAGCAAAGUCAAAACCCAAUUCUGCACCUGCAGAAAAUAAUAGUCUCAUUUCAAAUCCUACUGUUGGUGCAGAAGCUCAAAUUUCUGCCCAUGAAGCAAUAGAGGAUCGGAGCAGUGAUGAUGAGGCUCAAGAUGUCAAUUUUAAGCGAGCAUCUAACGGUGAUGGUGGUAGAAAAAGGAGAGUAGUUUUUGAUUACUCAGACGAUGAAUAUGAAGAUGCGGUCAGCCUAGCAUCACCAGAUCUUCCAAAGGGGAAAAUCGGCAAAACUUCUCCUGAGAAACCCAAUUUCAAUGACCAAAUGGAAGAUAAACCAAAGGUUAAGGAAGAGAAAUCAACUUACGCAGCAUUUAAUCAAGUUGUGAGGGAAAAAUCUUCAGUUUCGAGCAAGAGCAACUCUAGAGACUCCUCUAAAGAGAAUAUCCAUAGCAGCAGUACUGGAGAAGGUGUUAAAGCAGAUAUAGUUACAAAUGGUGCUCCAAGUUCACCCAAAAGGAGAAAAGUAUUGAAGACUCACAUUGAUGCGCGUGGUAGAGAAGUAACUGAGGUGGUCUGGGAGGGUGAAGAGACAGAAACGAAGAAAGCAGAAAGGGAUGCAACAAAGAAAGCAGAAAGCGAUGCAACAAAGAAAGCAGAAAAUAAUGCAUCUAUCAAUACGGUCAACAACAGGGCACCUGCAGCUAAGAAGUCUGGGGCAUUAGGUUCGUCCAAGACAGGAAGUAAAACGGGGAACAAAAAGGGAGUAAAUAAGGACGCUAAGCAAGGCAAUAUUCUAUCAUUCUUCAAGAGGGUUUGAAGGUAAAUAGGGAGCAAUGUUCUUAUAACUUUUUUUUUUUUUUUUUUUUUUUUUUUUUUUUUUA